AAUUUACUUCAUUCCUUCAAGUGCUUCCAGUUCUAAAAGAAUGGAAAUUAUUUUGAGAAACCUUUUCUUUGUUCUAUCCUUACUUCUGAUUGGGAAAGAAACAAAUGGAGGUGGAGAAACUUCACCAAGUGAAUCAGAUGUCAGUGAUGAUCCGAGCCCAUCGCAAUGCAUUGAUGGUUGUUUUGAUUUUGGGAAGGAUGUAAAGUUAAAUUUAUCUCCACUGGAAUCAAUACCUGAUCAAAUUGAAACAGAUUUGGAGGCAAAUUUAUCACUUGAGGAUAUAAAAGUGUUCAGAGAUGCACUGGAGCUCAUUAAAUCAGAUGAAGAACAGGAUUCAAAAGAUUUUACACUGACUUUAAACACAGUUUUUGAAGAAGAAGAUGAACCCAAAUGGUAUCGUAUUUUUGAAUGGAGUGACAUGAGAAGACGCCGAUUAGAUCGUUUGGAAGAAGACCUGAAAGAUUUAUCAAAGUUAGAUGUGUAUUGUCUUCCUUGCAUUGAAAAUAAAUCAUGGAUUGACGAUAUUUAUCCCAUUAAACUUGGAGGAUGGGAAAUAAGAUUUGAUAUUAACUUUAAAAAAAAGGGUGGUGGUAUAAUUUUUACUUAUCGCUUUUAAUUUGAUUGUUAUCUACAGUUUUAAAGUUUCGUUUCAUUGAAUUCACUCAAGAAAAGAAAGAAAAAAUAAAUUAUUUCAAAA